GCGUAACUUACAGAAAAAAAAAAAUUUCUGUAAAAUGUCUAACGAAGUAUCCUCAAAAUUAAAUUUAAUUAUUUUAGAAUGUUUUGAUGAUAUAUUUUCAAAUUUUGAAAGGGAUACGAAAGCAUUAUAUUCAUUUCUUUUAGUUAAUCGGUUUUGGUGUAAAAUUAUAAUUCCAUUAUUAUGGAAAUAUCCAUUUUCGAUCACAUCAAAAGGAAAAGAAAUUAAGACAUUAUCAUCAUUACUCACCGAGGAAGAAAAAUUAGAAAUUAUUAAAGAAGGAAUUAAUUUACCACCAAAAGAUUUCUCUUCAAUGUUAUUUAAUUAUGCUUUAUAUAUAAGAGAAUAUAAUACUUCAACACUUUAUCAAUCAAUUGAAGGAUGGUAUAAAGAAAUUGUUUAUAAUGAUUUUUAUUUUAGAAUUUCUUAUACAACUCGUGUUAAAGCUCAAUUAAAAAUUAUUUUUAAGGUAUUUACAAAAUUAAUCAUGAAAAAUUCAACCAAUAUUAAAAAUCUUUCCCUUUUAUCUCCUAUUAUUCAAAAUGAUAUACCUGAUGUCAAUAUUUUUAUUAAUUCUCAACCUGGAUUUAAAAACAUUGAAAAUUUUGAAUGGAAUAUUUCUUUUGAUGCUCCUAAUUUAUUUUUUCUUAUAAAAUCACUUGAAAAUAUUUCUCAUAACAUUCAAGAUUUAAGAAUUUAUGAUAGUAAUAGAAUGUUAUAUAAUAUAAGUAACAAUGAUAAUUAUAUUGAUUUAAUUGUAUCAUUAAUUAAAGCACAACAUAAUCUUACUUUUGUUUCAUUUGAUAGAUUUGGUCCUGAGUUUGCCCCUAUUCUUAAAAUAUUAUCCAUUCAUUCAAUUUCUUUAACCACUUUACAAUUAAGUCAUAUUUCUAAUGGUAUAUCAUUAGCUCCAAUUCAACAAAUUAAAAAUUUACAAAACUUUAGUUUAUAUAAAUGUGAUAAUUUAAAUGAAAUUAUUUUUAAUGAUUUUACUAAAACUGAUUUUAAUUUAAAAUCAUUAAAUAUAGGCUUAGUAAAAGAAAAUGUUUUUAAAUCUUUUCUUAAAUUAACUAAUAGAAAUUUAGAAAAAAUUUCCUUUGUUCUUAAUAAUACUUCAAAUAAGAUAGAUGUUCAAGAUCUUUUUAUUAGAUGUCCAAAUAUUUUUGAUUUAAAAAUUAUGUUUAGAUGUAAAAUUGAUUUACUUUUUUUAUCAAUAUUGGCAAAUAAUUUAACAUACUUAACACAUCUUACUCUUCAUACUUAUAAUCAUUAUGGAAAUGAAAUUUUAAUUGAAUUAAGUAAACCUAUUUUACCAAAAUUAAAAUUUCUUAAUAUUAGAUUACCUGAACUUAAUAUUUUAAAAAAUUAUUUAAAAAUAACUAUUUCACCUUUAGAAAAAAUUUUUUUUAUUUAUAGUAGUAAAAUUAAUAUAGAUUAUAUUAAUAUUUUAUUGGAAUUUUCUAAAAAAAAGAAAACUUUAAAAAUAAUUGGAAUUAGUUUAAAUUCUGAUGAUGAUAAUUUUAAAAAUUUUGUAAAAAUAACAAAAGAUUAUUUACGAAUUAUUAAUAUUUUUAAUAAUAUAUUUAUAAAGAUCUAG